AUGUGCAAAUGUAUCCGUGUGAUCCACUUUUGCCCUCUGUGCAUGACGCUGCUCAGGAAGCGCUUCGCCUACAACUACAUCUGCGACGGGGCACCCUGCGGCAAUCAAGUCAUCGAGGAUCAGAUCGCCGGCACCGACGAGAACAUUUGCGAAGAUUGCGAGCUGUACUACUGGAUGAGGAAGGGCAGAGGAAAGAGGGGCCGCAGGAUCCGGAGGGCUUCUGCGUGA